GGUUGCAUGGAAAGACACAGAGGAGUUUAGGUAUAAAUGCAGUGAGUGACGGAUUAUUCUCCUCCAGUCUGGUCUUAGGAAGGCUUGAGUCAGCCACGAGAUGAUUGGCCUGAUUGUUCUCACACUCCUGGGUGCUGCAGCUGCAGCCCCUGUGGAUGACAGGAUUGUGGGUGGCUACCAGUGUGAAGCCCACUCAAAACCCUGGCAGGUGUCUCUAAAUAUCGGCUAUCACUUCUGCGGCGGUUCCCUAAUCAACAACCAGUGGAUCAUCUCUGCUGCACACUGCUGGCAAAACCCAUUUUCACAGAUUGCUGUCUUGGGUGACAACCACAUCUGGAUGAACGAGGGCACAGAGCAGUACAUGUCAGUGGAUGCCAUCUACUGGCAUCAGAGUUAUGAUUACCAGACCCUAGACUACGAUAUCAUGCUGAUGAAACUUGCACACCCUGUCACCGUGAAUCAGUAUGUCAAGCCUAUCGCCUUGCCCAAAGCCUGCCCCACACCUGGGGACAUGUGCACAGUGUCAGGAUGGGGGAACAUCUAUACUGAUCAAGUGUUCAAUCCUUUUUACCUUCAGUGUGUGGAAGUCCCCAUUCUGUCUAACAAGGACUGUCAAGGUUCCUACCCUGGCAUGAUUACUGAUCGCAUGGUGUGCGCUGGAUACCUGGAGGGAGGCAAGGAUUCUUGUCAGGGUGACUCUGGUGGUCCUCUGGUGUGUAAUGGGCAGCUGCAGGGUAUUGUCUCUUGGGGCCAGGGCUGCGCUCAGCCUAACUACCCGGGCGUUUACACCAAAGUAUGUUCUCUGAUGCCCUGGAUCAACGACAUUCUCUCCAGAUACAGCUAGGCAGGGAUCUCCCAUCACAGAACUAUGUGAGAGUGGGGAAACCGGAGAAAGAUUGAAAUUAAAGGAGACAGAAACAGGAGGUGGUGGUGGGUAGUGUCAGAAAGAAAAGCAGCAGGAGACUGGCUGAGAGAGAGAGAAAAAGAGAUAUGAAAUGUGUUUAGUCCGGGAAACAAUCAAUAAAAUUUAUCAUUCCGUG